AUGGCACCAAAAUCUAAAAAGUCUAACGCGCCUCAAAAGGCUAACUUCUUCCAGGAGAGCAUCAAGAAAAAGUCGGCAGGAGUCAGUGAUAUGACCCUGUUGACCAAAGUCAACAACGAAAACAUCAACGACAACUUGAAGAAGCGAUUCGAGAACCAGGAAAUCUACACCUAUAUCGGACAUGUGUUGAUUAGUGUGAACCCCUUCCGCGAUCUUGGAAUCUAUACCGAUGAAGUCUUGAAGACCUACCAGGGCAAGAACCGUCUUGAGGUCCCUCCUCACGUCUUUGCUAUUGCCGAGAGCUCAUAUUACACAAUGAACGCCUACAAGGAGAACCAAUGCAUCAUUAUCAGUGGAGAAUCCGGAGCUGGAAAGACUGAGGCUGCUAAGCGAAUCAUGCAAUACAUCGCCACAGUGUCUGGAGGCGAAUCGUCACAAAUCAAGGAGAUCAAGGACAUGGUACUGGCGACCAACCCUCUCCUGGAGUCAUUCGGAUGUGCAAAAACCUUGAAGAACAACAACUCCAGUCGUCACGGAAAAUACCUCGAGAUUCAGUUCAACACUCAGGGAGAGCCUGUUGGAGCUGUUAUUACCAACUAUUUGCUUGAGAAGAACCGCGUGGUGGGACAGAUCGAAAACGAGAGAAACUUCCACAUUUUCUACCAGUACUGCAAGGCUGCCACCUCCAACUACCAAGAGCAAUUUGGAAUGACUGGACCCGAGAGCUUCCUGCUCACCAACAGGAGCGGGUGCCUCUCAGUCGAUGGCAUUGACGAUGUCCAUGACUUUAACGAAACCUUGCAAGCUAUGCGCGUUAUUGGACUCAUCCAGCAGGAGCAGGACGAGAUCUUCCGCAUGCUGGCCAUCAUUCUUUGGCUUGGAAACGUGCAGUUUGUGGAGAACGACGAAGGAUAUGCCCAGAUCAGCGACAAUGAGGUUAUUGCUUUCAUCGCCUAUAUCAUGGAGGUCGAUGCCGACACUUUGAUUAGGACCUUGACUGUCCGUGUCGUCGAGACUCAGCGUGGAGGCAGACGUGGAUCGGUCUUCGAGUCGCCACUCAACCCUGUUCAGGCUGCUGCUGUCAGAGACGCCCUUUGCAAGGGAAUCUACAACAACCUCUUCGAGUGGAUCGUGAGCCGUGUCAACGUCUCCCUUCGCCAGCGUAGUGCUCACGCCUAUACCGUCGGUGUUCUGGAUAUUUACGGAUUCGAGAUUUUCGAGGAGAACUCUUUCGAGCAGCUCUGCAUCAACUAUGUCAACGAAAAGUUGCAGCAGAUCUUUAUUGAGCUCACCCUCAAGACCGAGCAGGAAGAGUACGUCCGGGAGCGCAUUCAGUGGACUCCCAUCGAAUUCUUCAACAACAAGAUUGUGUGCGACCUCAUCGAGGAGAAGCGACCCCCAGGCAUUUUCGCCGCCAUGAACGAUGCCUGCGCGACCGCUCACGCCGACUCGAACGCCGCCGACAACUCUUUGGUUCAGCGUCUCAAUGGUCUUUCCUCCAACCCUCAUUUCGAGUCCCGCGGUGCAUCCUUCCUUGUCAAGCACUACGCUGGAGAUGUGAUGUACCAGGUCUCGGGCAUGACCGACAAGAACAAGGAUUUGCUGUCCAAGGAUAUCCUGCUUUUGAUCGCCUCAUCCAACAACCAGUUCCUCUCCACUCUGUUCCCCGAGCCUGUCGAUGUCGAUAACAAGAGACGCCCUCCUACCGCUGGUGACAAGAUCAAGAGUUCCGCCGGCGUGUUGGUCCAGAACCUGAUGCAGUGCACUCCCUCCUACAUCCGUACGAUCAAGCCCAACCAGAACAAGUCACCUACCGAGUUCGACGCCAAGAUGGUUCUUCAUCAAGUCAAGUACCUGGGACUGUGCGAGAACAUUCGUGUCCGACGCGCCGGUUUCGCGUCACGUCAGACCUACGAAAAGUUCUUGGAGCGAUUCUAUCUUCUUUCGCCCAAGACCUCAUAUGCAGGAGAGUACACAUGGCAGGGCGAUCCAAAGAGCGGAGUCGAGCGUAUUCUCAAGGAUACCAGCAUCGCACCGGAGGAGUGGCAAAUGGGAACCACCAAGGUGUUUAUUCGCCACCCCGAGACCCUGUUCUCCCUCGAGCACCUGCGCGACCGUUACUGGCACAACAUGGCCAUCCGUAUUCAGCGUGUCUGGAGAAACUAUAUGAAGUACAAGAACGAGUGCGCCAUCCGUAUUCAGCGCUGCUGGAGGAAGAACAAGGAUCAAAUCGGCUGGCUGCAGCUUCGCGAGUACGGUCACCAGGUUCUUGCCGGACGCAAGGAGCGCAGACGCUUCUCCCUUGUCAGUAUGCGUCGUUUCCUGGGAGAUUAUUUGGGCGUCAACAGCAAGGGCGGCCAGGGACAGCUCAUCAAGUCGGCGAUCGGUAUCAACGACCAGGACUUUUGCGUCUUUUCCGGCAGAGUACAGCUCUUGGUGGCGCGUCCCAUGCGUUCCAGUAAGCCCAGCCCCAGAACCCUUGUCCUCACUUCAUCGCAUAUGUACUUGGUUGUGUCGAUUUUGGUGGGCAAGGUGCUUCAGAUGAAGCUGGAGAGAUCGGUCAUGCUGAACGCUAUCAAGGCCGUGUCUAUUUCCAACCUCAGAGAUGACUGGAUGAUCUUCUCGGUCGACACCAUGAACCCAGAAGAGGGCGAUAUUGUUUUGGAGUGCGACUUCAAGACCGAGCUCAUUGCCCACUUGCUCCAGCGGUCAGGUGGACGUAUCGGUGUCAACGUCGGACCUCAGUUUGAGUUUACAAAGAAGAAGGGCAAGACUGGAAAUGUCAAGUGGAUCAAGGACGAGCGUGCCAAGACCGAGACGUACAAGAGUCACGUCGUGACAGCUCCAAGCGGUGAACCUGCCGACAGCCCAUCGUGGCCGCCAUGUGAGAAGAUCCGCAAGCCCCCACGCCCCAUCACGUCGGGCAAGUUGAUUAAGAAGGGAGGUCCUGCAAAGGCGAACAACUCGUCCCAGGGCAAUCGUCGACCCCCUGCUGCUGCCAAUAGCAAGCCUCGCGCGGCUCCUGUUGUCAACUCUGCUGCUGCUAACCAGCGUGCCUCUGUCCAGGCUCCUGUUCGCAGUCCUUCCGUCUCAAAUGGAUCGUCGGCUUCCGCAGCUCCUGUGAAGCGUCAUGCUCCUCCACCACCUCCAGCUCCUAUUGCCGAGCCCGCACCUGUGAUUCCUUCCAAUCCCUUGUACAAGGCCAUUUACAAUUUUGUUUCUGAGGACGAUGGUGAAGUCUCGUUUGUCAAGGACGACUUGAUGGAGAUUGUUCAGAAGGACGAGAACGGUUGGUGGCUCGCCAAGAAGGAUGGAAAGGAAGGUUGGGUCCCCAGCAACUACCUCGUCGAGGCUCCUGCUCCCAAACCUACUCUUCCUCCAAGCUUGCCUGCCAAGCGCCAGCCUCCACCCCCUCCAGCUGCUGCAGCUACUCCCACGAGUUCUGCCAACAGUUCGCCCUCUGCAGCCCGUCAUACUCCUGUGGCGCCGACAACUGAGCGCGCCCCUGUGGCAGCAACCACCAACACAAAUGCCUUGCACGGUGGAUUUGGCGGACCUGGCAACGUUGGCGGUGUUCCUGGCUGGAAGGUGGCUCUUGAGGCCAAGAAGGCUGCCGCCGCUGCGGCUGCCGGUGGAGGAGCACACUCAGCUCCUGCUCCUGCUCCCAGUUCGAACCCUACGCCUGCUGCUCGUCGUCCUGGCCCUCCUACUUUGGCGCCCAAGCCAUCAGUUGGCUCCAAGCCUGUUGUGCCACCGCGUGCACCGGCUGCUGGCCCCAAACCAACCGUUGCUGCCCGUCCUACCACUGGUGGAAAGUCACUUCAGGAGAUUCUCGCUGCUCGUCGCCAGCAGAACGAUGAUUAG